UCUCUCUGGUUUGAUUGUCAGGAGAGGAACGCAGAGAGUGCCAUCGAGGCUCUGAAAGAGUAUGAGCCGGAGAUGGGGAAGGUGUUCCGGAUGGACAGGAAGGCUGUGCAGAGGAUCAAGGCUCGAGAAAUCGUGCCCGGGGACAUCGUGGAGGUGGCAGUUGGUGAUAAGGUCCCAGCUGACAUUAGGAUUACCAGCAUCAAAUCAACAACACUUCGGGUGGACCAGUCCAUUCUCACAGGUGAAUCGGUGUCUGUAAUUAAACACACAGACCCGGUGCCUGACCCCAGAGCUGUCAACCAGGACAAGAAAAACAUGCUCUUCUCAGGCACCAACAUCGCCGCUGGCAGGGCUAUCGGUGUGGUGGUGGCCACUGGGGUAGCCACGGAAAUCGGCAAAAUCCGUAACCAGAUGGCGGCCACGGAGCAGGAGAAGACCCCGCUGCAGCAGAAGCUGGACGAGUUCGGGGAGCAGCUCUCCAAGGUCAUCUCACUGAUCUGCGUGGCCGUGUGGGUCAUCAACAUCGGGCACUUCAACGACCCGGUCCACGGGGGCUCCUGGAUCCGCGGCGCCAUCUACUACUUCAAGAUUGCCGUGGCCCUGGCCGUGGCUGCCAUCCCCGAGGGGCUGCCCGCCGUCAUCACCACCUGCCUGGCCCUGGGCACCCGCAGGAUGGCCAAGAAGAACGCCAUCGUGCGGAGCCUGCCUUCUGUCGAGACCCUGGGCUGCACCUCCGUUAUCUGCUCUGACAAGACUGGCACUCUCACCACCAACCAGAUGUCAGUAUGCAGAAUGUUUGUCGUGGAUAAAGUCGACGGUUCCAACUGCAGCCUUCAUGAGUUUUCAAUCACUGGAUCCACCUACGCUCCCGAAGGAGAAGUUCUGAGGGGUGAGAAGCAGGUUGAGUGUGGGGAUUAUGACGGCCUGGUGGAGCUGGCUACAAUCUGCGCCCUGUGUAAUGACUCCUCCCUGGACUUCAAUGAGGUGAGCCGCAUACUCUCUUUAAAACUGCGUUAUUGUUAUGCAUCCCAGGGAGGCCGCUUGUUUGCAUAGCUGCUGCCACAAGUA